CUUCAAUGGCUGGGCGACAAUCGGCGGAGCUCCCAGGCAGUUUCCCGGGAGAGGCGCUCCAGGCUCCGGCCCCGGAGAUCUUGGGGGUCCCUGCGGUGCCCCCGGCCCCCAAUGCAGCUGGACUUCUGAUUUCCAAACCUGAUCUGAUAUGCUGGCUGGUAGAAGAAAAUGAGCUAUUUCUCCUGGUCUCUGAUGAACAUGAAGGAUUGGCAGGUAGCAAUCCAGGCAGCAGCAGAGAAACACACUGGAAGAUUCCUCCACCAUCUCCUCCACAUGGUGAAGGGGCAAGAGCCACCAUGCAGCCAGUUGAGGAUGGGGUGUCCUUUGAUGAAGUGGCUGUGUAUUUCACCCAAGAGGAGUGGACCCUGCUGCACCCUGCCCAAAGAGCUCUCUACAAGGAAGUCAUGCUGGAGAAUUUUGGGAAUGUGGCCUCUAUAGGACCUGAGAUCGCCAAACCUAAUCUCAUAUCCUGGCUGGAAGAAAAGGAAUGGCUGUUAAUCGUGGGCUGUCAUGAAGAGCAGGGACUGGCAGGAGUUCUGUGGGAGUCAGUUAAUGAAACAAAAGUGAUGGAGAAAGAUGAUACAUUUUUGGAUGUGAAAGAGAAGUGUGAAUAUUUACAUGCACUGAGAAAGGGGAAUGGAGAAGACCCACCUAAAGAAAGGAAAAGUUCCAGUUUUUUACAAGAUGGUAACAGUGUACUGCAAAAAAUGUACCAAGGAGACCAGAGUAACAAGCACAUUGCAAGCAAGGAAAAUGUUCCUAAAAACUCAGUUAUUAAUGUUCAACAAAACAUCUCAGACAAAAAGAGCCAAUAUAAAUGGGUGGAUUAUGGAGAGGGCUUUAGGCACAAAGAGAGCCAAAAUUGCCAUCAACGAAUUCACACUCGAGAAAAACCAUAUAAAUGUCUGGAGUGUGGGAAAAGUUUUAGUCAGAGUAGUCAUCUCACAUCUCAUCAAAGGAUUCACACUGGGGAAAAACCAUAUAAAUGCCAGGAAUGUGGAAAAAGCUUCACUGUUCGUGGAAGCCUUACUUCCCAUCAAAGGAUUCACACUGGGGAAAAACCAUAUCAGUGCCUGGACUGUGGAAAAUGUGUCAGUGAUCGUAAAACCCUUAAUUCUCAUUACAUGAUUCAUAGAGGGGAGAGACCAUACAAAUGCCUGGUGUGUGAAAAAAGCUUCAGGUAUCGUACAACCCUUACUUCCCAUCAAAGACUUCACACUGGGGAGAAACCAUACACCUGUCUGGAGUGCGGGAAAAGCUUUAGUCGGAGUAGUAAUCUUACUUCACACAAAAAAAUUCACACAGGGGAGAAACCAUACAAAUGCUUUGAGUGUGGGAAAAACUUCAGUCGGAGAGACAGCCUAAAUUCCCAUCAAAGGAUUCACACUGGGGAAAAACCAUAUCAGUGCCUGGACUGUGGAAAAUGCGUCUCUGAUCGUAAAUCUCUUAAUUCUCAUCAGAUGAUUCAUAGACAGGAGAGACCAUAUAAAUGUCUGGAGUGUGGGGAAAGCUUCAGGUAUCGUGCAACCCUUACUUCCCAUCAAAGGAUUCACACUGGAGAGAAACCCUAUACAUGUCUGGAGUGUGGGAAAAGCUUUAGUCGAAGUAGUCAUCUUAGUUCGCACAAAAAAACUCAUACAGGGGAGAAACCAUAUGAAUGCCUGGAGUGUGGGAAAAGCUUCAGCCGGAGAGACAGUCUAACUUCCCACCAAAGAACUCACACAGGGGACACCCCAUAUAAAUGCUUGGAGUGUGGAAAAAGUUUCAGUGUACGUGGAAGCCUGACUUCUCAUCAAUGGAUUCACACUGGGAGAAAACCAUAUACAUGUCUGGAAUGUGGAAAAAGCUUCCGUAUUGGUAGAAGCCUUACUUCUCAUCAAAGAAUUCACACAGGGGAGAAACCAUUUAAAUGCCUAGAAUGUGGGAAAAGCUUCUAUGAGAGAAGAGCUCUAAUUUACCAUCAACAAAUUCAUAUGGGGGAGAAACCAUACAAAUGUCUAUAUUGUGAAAAAAGCUUCAGGAUCCGUGGAAGCCUUACUUCUCAUCAAAGGAUUCACACAGGAGAAAAACCUUACAAAUGCCUGGAGUGUGGAAAAAGCUUCCGGUGGAGUAAUAGGCUGACUUCUCACCGAAGAAGUCACACAGGGGAGAAACCAUUUAAAUGCCUGCAAUGUGGGAAAAGCUUAUCUGAUAGAGGAAAACUAAUUUACCAUCAAAGAAUUCACACAGGGGAAAAACCAUAUAAAUGCCUGGUGUGUGGAAAAGGUCUCAGUGAUCGUAGAACCCUUGCUUCUCAUCAAAGAAUUCAUACAGGGGAGAAACUGUAUACAUGCCUGGUGUGUGGAAAAAGCCUCAGUGAUCAUAGAAGCCUUACCAUUCAUCAAAGAAUUCACACUGGGGAAAAGCCAUAUUCAUGCCUACAGUGUGGGAAAACGUUCGGUUACCGUGCAACUCUUACUUACCAUCAAAGAAUUCACAGUGGAGAGAAACCAUAUUCAUGCCUGCAGUGUGGAAAAAGCUUCCGUACCCGUACAUCCCUUACUUCCCAUGAAAGAACUCACAAUGGUGUGAAACCAUAUAAAUGCUUGGAGUGUGGCAAAAGCUUCCAUCAGAGUUACAAGCUUACCUCCCAUCAAAGAAUUCACAGAGUGGAGAAUCCAUAUAAAUGUCUGGAGUGUGGGAGAAGCUUUGUAUGGAAAAGUCAUCUUACUUCCCACCAAAGAAUUCACACAGGGGAGAAACCAUAUAAAUGCUUGGAGUGUGGGAAAAGCUUCAGUUACCGUACAACCCUUACUUCCCACCAAAGAAUUCACACUGGGGAUGAACCAUAUAAAUGCAUGGAGUGUGGAAAAAGCUUUAGUGCUAACAGAAGCCUCACUUCUCAUCAAAGAAUUCACACAGGGGAGAAACCAUACAAAUGCUUAGACUGUGGGGAAAGCUUCAGGUGGAGUAAUCAGCUUACUUUUCAUCAAAAAAUGCACACUGGGGAGGAACCACAUCAAAAAAUUCACAUGAAAGAAACUGUGUAAUUCCCUUGACUGAGGAAAAAGUGUCAGUGAAUGUAGAAAUCUUAGUUCUCACCAAAGAAUUCACAUGGGAAGGAACAAAAUAAAAUCCUGCGGUGUGGGAAAAACUUCAUUGAGAGAGGAACAUUAAUUUAUUACCAACAAACUCAUAUGGGAGAGAAAUGUAGAAGUCUAAAGUGUGUAAAUGGACAUUUUACUUCUCAUCAGAGUAUUCACACAGAAGAAACAAGUGUUGAAAAAGUUUCAGUAAACUGAAAGACUUGCUUCCCAUUAAUGAACUUACUUUGGAGAGAAACCAUAUAGUUUCCUAGAGUGUGAAAAAAAUGUCAGUGUUACAGUCUUCUCAUCAAAUAAUUCUCAAGGUAGAAGCCAUAGAACUAUUUGGAGAGUAAAAAGACAUUUAAUCAAAUGAAAUUGCUUACAGAAUUAGAAAAUCAUGCAAUAACUCACUAUAAAAUACAUACCGUGUUUCCCCAAAAAUAAGACAGGGUCUUAUAUUAAUUUUUGUUCCAAAAGAUGCGUUAGGGCUUAUUUUCAGGGAUGCCCCUGGUUUUUCCUCACGA